UUUUGCUGAGGAGAGAGCAUAGGCUCACUCAGCUAACAGAAUUUGCACACUUUUUUGCACAUUUUGUUCGUUAUAAAAGGGAAGUCUCAUAAUAACGAGCAGUAUUCAUACAUAAAAGUGCAUGCAAAUAUUUUUGGGGAAAUUGCGACAGUUUUUGUGAAUUUGGAAAUUUUUGCAAGUAUUCACUUCUGUUACUGCUGUGCAUAUAAUGUACAGUUAGUCUUAUCACACCGGUUAUCUGACAUCAUCCUGUUAACGAUAACGAAAAACGCACCGUGAUUGAACUUGUUUGCAUUUAUGUGUUUGUGAUUGCGAUUAAAAUUUUUGACUCAUCGAUCGCUUAUCUUGGUAGUCGUGCACUUUAUAAUUUUUGCGGCAGAAUGAACAGAAUGAUCCCGAAAUGGAGGUGCGUGCUCCUGGACAAAAAAUUAGUGGUGACGAAUCUGUCCCUCUUUUUGGCAAGUGUGCUGACCUGCAGCGUCAUGUUGGCAGCAGCCCCGGUCAAGAAUAAUAAUAACGAGAACGGUCAUGCCAUGAUGUACCUCAUGCAGUACGGGUGGUUAGACCCUGCUGCCAAAAAGGUUGGUUCGACCGCCUCCCUUGUCGACUUGAGGAAACCGAUCGAGGAGUUCCAAUCCUUUGCUGGAUUGAACGUCACGGGAGAAUUGGAUGAUGAGACGAUAGAGUUGAUGAACACGCCGAGAUGCGGGGUACGAGAUAAGAUUGGACAUGAUGCGAGGAGGAGGAAACGAUACGUUUUACAAGGAUCGCGCUGGAAGGUGCGUGAGUUAUCGUAUCGAAUCGAAAAGUAUCCCACAGUUGCCAAGUCGGUGGGAGAGAAAGCGAUUGACGCCGAGGUGGCACAAGCCUUCAAGGUGUGGGAGGACCACGCGAACCUCGUCUUCACGAAAAAGACGAGUGGAAAGGUCCACAUCGCGAUCAGAUUUGAAACCGGGGAGCAUGGAGAUGGAGAUCCGUUCGACGGAGAAGGUGGUACUCUGGCCCAUGCUUAUUUCCCAGUUUACGGAGGAGACGCUCAUUUCGAUAAUGCGGAACGAUGGACGCUCAAAUCGUACAGUGGCACAAAUCUAUUCCAAGUAGCAGCUCAUGAGUUUGGCCAUAGCCUAGGACUUUCGCAUUCAGAUAAGAGAGCAGCGUUGAUGGCUCCCUUCUACAGGGGCUACAAACCGAGUUUCGUAUUAGACGAGGAUGAUAUUCAGGGAAUUCAGUCCCUAUAUGGCAAAAAGACUACCGCGUCACGCCCUGGGAGCAAUCCGGAAGCACAAGUCCCUCCCGUGAAACCACCCCCACCACCCGUCAAAGGAUCGUCGUCGUCCUCUUCAAACUCCAAACUUUGCAAUGACCCAAAAAUUGAUGCAAUCACCGCAAUGGCGGAUGGGAGUACGUACGCUUUUAAGGGGGAGGAAGUUUACAAAUUAACGGAUAACGGGAUCGCACCCGGAUACCCGCAACGAAUCAAAGCCAUCUUUAAAGAUCUUCCGAGCUAUCUUGAUGCAGCAUUUACCUGGUCGAAUGAUAAGACUUAUUUUUUCAAGGGCUCGAAAUAUUGGCGUUACACUGAUCUUACUUUGGACUCUGGUUAUCCAAAAGCAAUUACUGAAGGUUUCGCCGGAGUUCCGGAGAGUAUCGACACUGCCUUCGUGUGGAGUGGGAACGGCAAGAUUUACUUUUUCAAGGGGGAUAAAUACUGGAGAUUUGACCCCCAUAAGGAUCCACCCAUUGGGGGCGGGUAUCCAAAACCGAUUGACAAUUGGACCGGUAUUCCGAAUAAUGUUAACGCCGCGUUGAGAUAUUCGAACGGAUACACGUACUUUUUCAAGGGGAAGGAUUACUAUCGGUUUAACGAUAGAACCUUCCAGGUUGACCUGGCCGACCCCACGUUCCCCCGGCCGUCCGGCGAAUGGUGGUACGGUUGUGGGAAGAGAGACAUGAAGUCUGACAAGUCCCCCUCGGACUACCAAGAGGACUCCUCCUCCGACGAUACAGGUGAGUAUGACCUCGGUGAACCUCGUGAUUUCCAUGAGCGUGUCCCCACCACCACCAAAGGUCCCACGGUGACCACUGCAAAAAGACCAGCUUGGUGGAAGCGGAUGUGGAAUUGGGUCACGGGCUGAAUAUUUAUUUAAUUUCCUAUAUUUAACAAAAUUGCUCGCCAAUUUAUUAAUUGUUUCAUUCUUGUUACAAAAUUUGUUUGUCAUGCAUGUAAAUUAUUUUUUAUUGUUUUAUUUUAUGGGACGCUGAAUAUUCUGUUAUGUAAAAUGUUACCGGCGGAUGAUGAUGAUGCAUGUGAUGUGAUGUCGUGUGGGGUCAAUGCAACAACGCCAACUAAUCCUGUGUGGGUGGCUUUUUGUUAAUAAUACAAAUUAUUAGAUAUUAAUCUCAAAUAAUAUAUAGGGCUGCUAAUUAGGGAUGCUAAUUAAUUAAUACUUGUUACCAAAAAAUUGCCAAGUUUGUUUUUUAUGUAUGUAAUGCCUUGUUCUUGCAUUAUUUUUUGUGUUCCUUUUGUAGAGUCAGACUAUCCAGAUCCACAAUCUAUAUGAUAACACCUUAUCCUGUCUCCAUCCCAAGUCCUAAAUAAUAAUUACCCUGCUGGUCGUCACACUACUAAUUUUAUUUUAAUUAAGUAAAUAAGAGAACCGGUCUCAGUAAUUGAUAGGUCUUUACAUAAUUUUAACGUGCAAGUAAAUACAAUACCCUUUUUUUCUUGUGUUGUUAAUACGUCUCGUUUUAUGAGGGGAAAAGAAAAUGUGAAUUUUGAAAUGCCAAAAUUUUGUUUGCUUUUGUAAAACAUUAAUUGUAAAAAAAACAAUUGUACUGAAAAAGGGGAACCUACACUCACGCUUUCUUGUAAUAUUCUUGAUCUUUUAGUUUUGGCACACAAAAAAAGAAAACUUUAUGCAUGGAAAUGUUUUAAUGUUCGUCCAUAUUUGUUUUUGCGUGGGGGGCAUAUUAAAAAUUGUGUACGAGUUGAUUGAUAUUGAUUGAAAUUGAGAAUGUUUUGUAUUGAUUGAUGAUUGGGAUUACUUAAAGGUGGUCGCUCGGGAGGGUCUUCGGAUGUGAUACUAAUAACAUCGUCUAGAUGCCUUCUUACUAAUCUCUUGUGGAUAUUAGCUCUUGCAUCUUAUUUGUUACCGUUCCUAAUGACAAGAAUACAUACUUAGUUUGUACUAAUUAAUUAUAGUUGUAAAUAAUUAUGUGAGAUUGUUAAUUGUUGAAAAAAGUAAAUGUCUGAUUACCAUUUGUGAGUAUUGCGCAUACAUCAUACGAGUGUAUAAUAUAUACAUAACUAAUAAUAUGGAAUGGGUGGUGAUAUCGUUGUUAUUAACUUAUUUCGUUGUAAAUCUCAAUUUUUGUAAAAUAAAAACAUGGAUUUUUGAUAGAAAAUUCAA